AUGCUAAAUAGUGGAGAGAAAAUCUUUAUGGCUGUGAUAACGGGUGAAUUUCUAUUGGGCAUUCUGGUAAAUGGAUUCAUAGCUCUGGUGAAUUGCAUCGACUGGGUCAAGAGCAAGAAACUGUCACCAGGUGAUCUCAUCCUGGUCAGCUUGGCCAUCUCCAGAAUUGGAUUGUCGAGUACAAUAAUGUGCAAUAGCUAUUUGAUUGAAAUCUCUACCAAUGAACUCAUCACAAAUCAAGUAAGAAUGAUUGAUGUCUUCUUCUUACUGACUCACAGUUCAAACAUUUGGUUUGCCACUGUGCUCAGCAUCUUCUACUUCUUGAAGAUCACCAACUUCUCUAAUCCCCUCUUCCUCUGGAUGAAAUGGAGAAUUGGCAGGAUGCUCUUUAUACUUCUUUGGGGACCCUGGAUUAGCUCUUUGUCCAUUGGCUUUCUAAUGAUGGAGAAAAUGUAUUACUAUGCAAACCUCAUAAAUAUUGGAAAUAAAAGAAAUGGGUCCCAGGAGGUCCAAGUGAGUAAAAAUAUGUUCAUCAUGCUCCAGACUCUCUUUGGCCUUUUGACUCUUAUUCCUUUUGCUCUGUCUACAAUCUCAUUCUCCUUAUUCAUUCUCUCCUUGUGGAGACAUACCCAACAGAUGCAACUCAAUGCCACAGGUUCCAGAGACCCUAGCACAGAAGCCCACAUAAGAGCCAUGAAAGCUAUGUCUUCCUUCCUCAUCCUCUUCUUGUUGUACUAUGUGGGUUUCUUUUUCAACUAUGGGAACCACUCAGCGGUAAAAAGUAAGCUGAUUUUCCUGUCGAGUAUGGCAAUCAUGUUGCUCUAUCCCUUUGGCCACUCACUGGUCCUGAUUCUGUGGAACAGCAAGCUGAGAAAGGCUGCCCAGAGGGUGUCAUGGCUGAUGAAGUGCUUCCAGAGAGGAAGUCAUCUACAAGCCCUUUGGGUGCCUCUGAGGAUAAUUGGCCAUUUUCUAGUGGGGGGAAAAUCAUCAGGAUGUCUUUAG